GCGCGGCGCCGGGGCUGUUUAUCGAGGGGGUCCCUCCAGGCCCCCCGGGGGAAGCGCUGGGGUUGGAUCUAGCGGGUUAAAACCAUAGAGCUGCAAGCCGGGCGGGGAAGGGGAAGGAGGCAGCGAAGGGAGCCACUUCCUGCUGCAAGAGCCAGCGGCUGCGAAUCUGCUCGGCAGCGGCGGAGCUGAGCGCCCCGGGCAGGCACGUGGGUCCCCGGGCACCGGAUCCGGGUCUGUGAAGAGCCCGCCCCGGCCGGGCAGCCCGGAUCCGCCCCCCGGCCUGCUCCAGGCGCAGGGGAGACGCCGAGUCCCGGCGAGAUUGAGAGAAACAGCGACAGAGGCAGCAAAUCGCUGCCUGGAGCAAGCAACCACGGGCCUGAGAUUCGAUGGCGCAGCCGGGCAGCCUGUCCCAGGAUGAGAUGGAACAAAAUACACUCCUGGCAGCAGAGAACCAACCGCUUACUGAGGAUCCCGAAGCACAGCAGGGAACGGCAGGUACCGGGACGGAGGAGGAAAUUCCCCUGUGGGAAGGGCCAGUGGAAGCAGAGCCGCACGGCCUGUCCCGGAGCCCCAAGGCUGGGGAGGCCGGUGAAUUGGGCCGGCAGAGGCGGGCGAAGCGGGAUGGUGAAGUGGCCCCGCCAGGCCGCUUCUCCCGCGAGGGGCCCAUCAUCUGCGGGGACUGCGGGAAGAGCUUCGCCAAGGAGUCGGAGUUCGUCAAGCACGAACGCACCCACACGGGGGAACGACCCUACCAGUGCCCCGACUGCGGGAAGGGCUUCACCAACAGCUCCAACCUCCUGCGCCACCAGCGCAUCCACAGCGGUGCCAAGCCGUACCCCUGUGCUGAGUGCGGGAAGAGCUUCCGCCACAAGGAGCACCUGACCCGCCACGCCCACAUCCACGCCACUGAGAAGCCCCACGUCUGCACCCACUGCGGGGAGGCCUACAGCACCCGCACCAACCUUCUGCGCCACCAGAGCAGCCACACGGGGGAGCUGCCCUACAAGUGCCCUGAGUGUGGCCGGCGCUUUGGGGAGGCGGCGGCACUGGCUGGCCACGCGGUGAUCCACAGUGGGAAGCCCCACAUCUGCCCUGAGUGUGGGAAGGGCUUCCGGCGCGGCUCGUCGCUGCGGGAGCACCAGCGGGUCCACACUGGGGAGCGGCCCUACGGCUGCCCGCAGUGCGGGAAGGGCUUCAGCCAGCGCUCCUCCCUGGUGCUGCAUCGGCGCACCCACACCGGCGAGCGCCCCUACAUCUGUGGCGACUGCGGGCGCAGCUUCAGCGUGAGCUCUGCCCUCAUCACCCACCAGCGGCUGCACACCGGGGAGCGCCCUUUCCCGUGCCCGGAGUGCCAGAAGCGCUUCAGCGACCGCAAGGCCCUCAAGCGGCACCAGCGGGUCCACACCGGGGAGCGGCCCUACCGGUGCACCGACUGCGGCAAAGGCUUCAGCCAGAGCUCGGCGCUGGCCACCCACCAGCGUAUCCACACCGGGGAGACCCCGUACGGCUGCGGGGCCUGUGGCAAGCGCUUCGGAGACCUCUCGGCCCUCAAGCGGCACGAGCGCAUUCACACCGGGGAGCGGCCCUACCGCUGCGGCCAGUGCGGGAAAGCAUUCAAGCACAGCUCGGCCCUGGCCCAACACGGCCGCACCCACACUGGAGAGAAACCCUACGUCUGUUCCCAGUGCGGCAAAGCUUUCUCCCAGGGCUCCACCCUCAUCCAGCACCAGCGGGUGCACACCGGCGAGCGUCCCUACCCUUGCCCCCAGUGCGGGCGAAGCUUCUCCCAGGGCUCUGCCCUCACCCAGCACCAGCGCACCCACACCAAGGAGAGCGACCCUCUGAUGGGUCCUGGUGGGGCCCGGAUCUACCGGGACCCCUUCGUCCAGCCGCGGGAUGAGGAUGAUGAGGAGGACGGGGUGGGGGAGGUGCUGGUGCUGCCUCCCGGGACGUGGGAUGCAGAGCUGGAUGUACAGAUCAAAGAGGAGCCAGAAGUUGGGGUUCGGCCCGAGUGCCCAGCUUCAGGUCCAGACGCUUGGGAUAAGUCACGCAACAUGGGGGCACGGGCAGGGCCCAUUCAUUUCUCUGGUCUAACCGGAUUGGCUCCGGGUGACACACGUGGGGACGUGACGCCGGCAGAGGGGACCGGAUCUCCGGCCCGAUGGAUCCCCCGCGCUCCCAGCUGGAGCCCGGUCCCUGCCCCGGUUCCCAGCCGGGGGGCGGAGGCCGGCGGCUCCCCCGGGGCUCCCCGGCCCAGCCGCUGCCGGAGCCCCGCGGGCGGCAGGACAUGGGCGCCGGUGGGGUUCGAGGAGGUGGCCGUGUAUUUCUCCCGGGAGGAGUGGGGCCUCCUGGACGAAGGGCAGAGGCAGCUCUACAGGGAUGUCAUGCAGGAGAACUACCAGACUCUCAUCUGGCUGGGAUUCCCCGUCCCUGACCUGGCCGUGAUCUCCUGGAUGGAGCGAGGGGAAGAACCGAGGGUCCUGGAUCUCCAAGGUUCCCAGAAAAGGGAGAUCCCGAUAGGCACCCACAUAGCAGGUGCCGGGAUAGAGAAGGAGAAUUUCCAGCAGGAAGGGCCUGCAGGAGCGGAGCCGAAUGGGAUGUCCCAGAGCCCUGAGUGGGGAGAUGGCAGCAGAACAGGACGACAGCGAGCAGAGAAGGAGCCAGGGCGCAGGUGCAGGAGGGCAGGGCCCAUCAGCUGCGGGGAUUGUGGGAAAAGCUUCACGAAGAACUCAGAGUUCAUCAAACACCAGCGCACGCACACGGGUGAGAGGCCCUACCAGUGCCCUGAUUGCGGGAGGUGCUUCGCCAUCCGCUCCAGCUUGGAUCGCCACCAGCGGGUCCACACCGGCGAGCGCCCCUUCCCCUGCACCCGCUGCGGGAAAAGCUUCAAGCUUAGCUCAGCCCUGAACCGGCACCGGCGCGUCCAUGCUCAGGAGGGGCCCUGUUUCUGUGCUGAAUGUGGCAGGGGCUUCAGGCACAGUGCUGCACUGACCCAGCACCAGGCUGAGCACCUGAACCGUGGAGACCCCACCAAUGGACCUGUGGGGACACGUGUCUACAAGGACCCCUUCGUCCAGGCACAGGACCUCGAGGGGGAGGCUGGUGGGAUGUGGUAUACUGAGCCUGUGAAAGAGGAGAGUGGGUGAGGGGAUCUGCACUUGGGUUGUGGGUCUGGGGAGUGAGAAGAGAGCAGCUAUAAGGAAUGCAGGGACUGAACCUGUGAUCUCUGGAUCCAAUAUCUGGAGCUGGGCUGUGAGGCAGUGUGGUCUAGUGCAGUGGUUCUCCACCAGGGGUAAACAUAUCCUUGGGGGUACGCAGAUGUCAUCCAGGGGAUACAUCAGCUCAUCUAGAUAUUUGCCUAGUUUUACAGAAGGCUACAUAAAAAGCACGAGCAAAGUCAGAACAAACUAAAAUUUAUACAGAAUGAGAAAGUGAGCAGUUUUUCAGUACUAGUGUGCCGUGACAUACUUGUAUUUUUAUGUCUGACUUUUUGUAAGCAAGUUGUUUUUAAGUGGAGGUGAAACUUGGCAAUAUGCAAGACAAGCCAGAUUCCUGAAAGGGGUCCAGUAGUCUGGGAAGGUUGAUAAGCACUGGUCUUGUGGACAAAGCACUACAUUAGGACUUUUGGGUUCUCUUCCUGGCUCAGUCUCUAGCUUGCUGGGUGGUCUUAGGCAAGUCAUGAUCACCUCUGUGCCUCAGUUUCCCCAUCUGCAAAAUGGGGACAAUGAUACUGUAAAGUUCUUUGAGAUCUUCUAAUGGAAAUCACUAGAUAAGAGCCGGGCAUAAUUAUAAGGGCUGAAAAAAUUUCAUUUAAAUUUUAUUUUGAUGGAAUAUUGGAUUUUUGAUUAAAUGAAGUUUUUCCAUGAAAA